UGGGCCUGGGGCUGACAUGGAUACCUUGUGUGCCGGACCAUCUUACGUAAAUAGAGAGGAAGAUUUCUUUAUUAUAUUGCAUGAUAUGCUGGCUGAAAUGGAAGAAAUUACUGAGCUUCAACCAAUUCCAGAUGCUUAUGUCCCAGUAAUGAAGUUCAAGUAUCAGGGAAUAUCAAUUGAUCUCGUUUAUGCAAGUAUAUCGCGAUUGAUUGUACCAGAAGUGAGUGCGGAAGACCUCUCUUUCUUGUUGCAUGGUUGUUAAUUAUAUUGUCUGCUAUUUUCUCUCAUUUUGAGGCCUUCCCUUCUCACUUAUUAUCUUCAUUUUCCCUUUUCCAAUCCCUGCUCUGAAAUGAUUUCUGGCAGUUCUAUUGAAUACACUUGUCUACUUUUGAAUGUAUCAUUAGAUAGAAUUUUUUUUCAAUAAA